AUGAGCGAUUGCGAAGAAGAAACACCAGGUUAUUUGCAAUUGUGCACGCUGAGAUUCCGACUUACGUUACCCGAAUUCGAAAAUAACAAAGAUAUAAUCAAUCAAAUUAAAGAUGGUAUUGUACAGUGGAAUAUGGCACCUUAUUACGAAUCCCUAUGCGAAGAAUUGCAUUGGCCUGUAGACACUGUGUUACUGGCAAAAAUGAAAGAAGAAAAUUCAAAAAAAUUCGAAGAACUUAAAAAGUUAGCAAAUCAAACAGUCGAUCCUGAUGAGAGCACUGGUUCUGUUGUUUGGCGAGCAGAGUUAGAUUACCUUUGUUCUAUCGGUGAUAGAAAGGCAGCAGAGGCUUUGGCGACUGAAAAGUACAACGAUCAGACUUUGGACAAAACAAAACGAACGGAUGCUGCAUUUACCCUGUUCAGAAUUGCAUAUUUUCACGGAUGCGAUAUCAAAGCGAUGGGUAAAGCAAUAGAACAAGCUAAAGAUUUGAUUGUAAAAGGAGCUGGGGAUUGGAGUGCGAGAAACAAGCUUAAAGCUUACGAAGCUUUGUAUUGUCUGGGAGUGAGAAAUUUUGAAAAAGCUGCCAAAUUGUUUAUAGAAGCGGUUCCCACAUUUGAGUCGUACGAAUUGUUAGAUUUUUCAAGCCUAGUACGUUACACAGUUGUCGCUUGCACAAUUGCUUUAGAUAGAAAUCAAUUAGAAGCACAAAUGAGAAAAGGCGUCAUGGCUCAAGCGUUGAAUGCUCCACAAGAAAAACCGUUUAAAUUAUUUUACGAAUCGUUUUAUCAAUGCCAAUACAGAGAUUUCUUUCAACAUUUGGCCAGAAUGGAAACGGACAUGAAAAUGAAUCCUCUUUUAAAUCCUCAUUAUCGAUAUUACGUGAGAGAAAUGAGAUUGAGAGCUUAUGCUCAACUUUUGCAAGCAUACAGAAGUCUGAGCCUUCAAGUCAUGGCAUCAGAAUUUGGCGUGUCCGUUGAAUUCAUAGAGAAUGAAGUUGCUCGAUUUGCCACGGCUGGAAGAUUGGCAGUUAAAAUAGAUAGAGUGGCGAUGAGAGGUUGUCCGGCUGUGGCACAGCAAAGAGCUCACUUAUAUCAGACCAUUGUCAAAAGAGGAGAUGUUUUAUUGAAUCAAUUGAAAAAAAUUGCAAGAGUCAUCGAUUACUAA